AUGAUUGUCUCGUCAGGGUGGCAGUCCGUCUGGCUCCUUCCUCGCCAAGGCAAACCUUCAUCUACACAACACGAGCGAAGACAACAUCCCAAGCACAUCGCCACUAUACCAGAUGAAUACCAGCUAGAGCUUCUAUCCGAGAUACAAGAGCGAAGAACUGCAAGACUAGCUCGGCUAGAGGAAAUCCAACAACGGGCGACAACCGUAAUACGCGACUUACGCGUGCUCGUGGCGCGUUAUGCCCGUGGUUACCAGGGUCCAUAUCGCCAAUUCAUAUGGAUGUUGGAGCAUGAACUAAGAACUAUUAUCAUCGAGAUAAUCGCAUUAUCGGCCGAGGAAGAGAUUGACCGGCAGAUAGAAGGGCAGGCGCAUCAAAAAGGAUUCACCAGUGGAAGGUCGCACGCAACCAAGAAAUUCCCUACAUCCAGGAUGGGUCGGUUAACCGAAUCUUCUGACGAGUCCUCCACCGAAGCAUCUCGACUACAAAACAAGCUCAAGGACGUGAAUCGGCAGUUGGAGGACUACCGAAAACUCCAGGCCAACAUGUGA